CUUAGAUCGGCAUUGUAUGUACUUACAUAGUACAAUACAUAACAGUACAUGUGUAAUACCAGUCAUCCUUCAACUUUCUUACCUACCCCGCCAUUCAUUUUUCGUCUUAUUCCCUUAAUUCACUUGAUUUCUUAAUGCAUCCAUCCAUCUAAUCUACACCAAACACACCAAACACACCAAACAAAACUAAACGUCAGCAAACAACGUUACCAUAACUACCUACGUCCUAAAUCCGAAGAAUCAUCAAUCCAUCGUCUCGUAAAUCAUCCCCUAGAUUGAGAGGUCUAUCACGGCCAAGGCAUACACCAUGCCGUCCUCACCUCUAGGAUUCAGCAGCUUGCUGCUAGUAGCUGCUAUUGUCCUAGUUGUCAUGCCCGGAAAGGCUGACGCCUUCGGUGCUGGUAACAUCCCUUCCAUUGCUCAGGUCGAAGGUCACAAUUGGCGUCACGGCGACAUCGAGGAUACGCUCAAGACCAUCGCUUUUCUCCACGGAAAGAAGUGGACCACUUUACUAGUGCAGCGUACCUACUUUGGAAACUGGCUCCGAGAUUACUCUCAAGCCAUCGACGUCGGUAGCGUCAAAGGAGUGAAUGCCGCCACCAUCCGUGUCUUAGUUUGGGUUCUCUCUUUCCUCGCCAAUGGCUACGCCACGGAGGAGUUUGAGGUCACUGAGGAGCGCCUGGGCGUUUAUAGGCCAGAGGAACACAUUGACAACCCCCUGGGCUAUGCCGAUGGUGAAGACGCUAGGACAUAUGAUAAACGGCUUCGUGGGCCUGUCUUGCCGAUUGAAACAGAGAUUGACCCGCAAACUGGUAUGAAAAAUUAUAUCGCCAAUGAGCAAGGAAGUUGGGCUACUAGCGCCGGAUACCUCCGAUUCAGCAUCGGCCGGAGUGUGCACUUUGGUAGACUCUACUGCCAUGGGUCUCACGGCAGAGGGAAAGAGGAGGAUCUCUGCGAAGCUCUAAGAUGUCUGGGCCAAUCCCUCCACUGCAUGGAAGACUUCAGCGCUCACAGCAACUACUGUGAGCUAGCACUACGAGAGCUAGGUUACCACGAAGUCUUCCCCCAUUGUGGUACGGAUGCUGAGAUCAACCUGCGUGGUAAACGGGUCUACCCUAUCGUUACGGGAACUUUUGGUGGCGUCGAUUUCUUGCAUUCCGUCUUGGGCGAGGCCAAUGAUCACUUCACACAGUCCGAGGUCGACCAAUUGGAUAUUGCUUUGAAGAAUUCAGAAAAGAGCUCGAGCUCGGGACCGUCUGGCAGCAGCAGCGGCACGCGCGGGUUUGGAAGUAGCAUAGGCGGCGGUUCUGCGGGCGAUUUCAUCUCCCUAAUCGGUCAAUUGCCGGGCAUUGGAGGUGGAAUGGCUUCAGAGGCGCGCGAUCUUAGAAGGAUGGCCGAGGAGCAGGAGAGGCGGAAUGAGCGGGAAGAUAUGUACUCUGGCACACGCGACAAUGCCAAUAUCGUGCCUGGUAUGAGCGAGAAUUUUGACCCCGUGAAGGUCUCGAAACAGGUAUACCCCAUCUUGCAGUUCCGCGACAAGAUCGUAAAGUCGAUCAAUAGGGGCAUUGCCAAGAUCCCCGGCCUGGAGAGUCUUCUCGAGCACAUAAGCGAGACCUUGACCGCAUUCGUCCUUGGUCUGCUAGCGCCAUUUAUUAGGCCCAUUAUAAAUGCCGUCACCAAUGCAUUGAAGGACGGAUCGUCGGGUGUCAUUAGUGCAAGCGCGAAGUCACAACUCGAGCCGUGGAAGAACCCCCACUGCACGGAUCCAACGCACUCCAUGCUCUCCAAGGACCACUUCACCAAUGUCCUAAACCCUUGCGCCGGCAGAGUUGCUGCAACAAUCCUUAAAUAUGCCGUACCACGCAUCCUCUAUGCCUGGGAUAAUCCCGGCAUUCCCGUUGACGAGGUUGUGAGUGACGUCUUGCAUGCUUUCCACCACCCAGCUCUCCGAAACGAGCGUGUUGAGAUUCAACGUGACAUGUUCAAUACGGUGCGUCAGUGGGCGGACGAGCAUCCGCGCCGUCACGAGAUCAACCAUAUUUUAGGGUCUCAAUCCGUGAAAAACGGCAAGAACCACAUGUUAUCGAGUCAGAAGGGCCACUCGCACGGUGGUGGAAUCUUUGAUGGUGGUUUAGCAGAACAACUAGGCCACGGUAGGCCUACGGGAUCACUCUGGUCGCAGUGUGCUACGAGAGAUCUCGACGCCAUGGGUGGUGGUGAAAAGCUACGACCGACAUCCGGUUACGGAUCGAGCCGCCCGACCUCAUCUCAUUCUCCGGGACAUCCGGCGCCAAGCCCGGGUUACGGAUAUACCCCGCACAAUCCCCCAGGUGGCGACAGUUAUCCGCCGUACGCCGGCUAUGGAGCCCAGCCAGAUCCUCAGUACCAAUCUUACAACCAGCAGGCUUAUCCUAAUCCUCAGCAAGGAUACGGAGCUCAACCUCAGGGUGAAGCUGCGUCCUACUACAGUGCCUCGGGGCCACCUCAGCAAGGUUAUCAACAAUACGGGGCACCACCCCCUCAGCAAGGAGGAUAUCCUCCAUAUGGACACCAGCAGUGGGGAGGUGGUGGGUAUGGGAAUCCUCCGUAUCCCUGAAAAGCAUAAGUGGUUUGGUGUCAUUCAUGGCGUUGAGGAGGGGAUUCUUUUUUUGGCCGGGUUACGUGUGUGGUGAAGAUUCCUAACAUGGACCAUGGAGGAGGGGAGUAUGAUUGAGAUUUGCCAGAAUUCUCAACUUCAAGCAUUUCGGUUGGCUUAGGAGUUGCUCCUGGGUAGGUGCUUAGAUAGGUAUUCUUACGAUAAGUAUGAUAUUAGCAACGUUAUGAUUGGGUACUUUUGAUACAAGCAUGGUGAAAUAGAUAA